AUGUGCAAACUCCGCCCCCACCCGGGGGCACCGGGCCAUGCAAAACGAACUCACCGACUGACAGGCGGGCCUGGGGCUGGUGGGGGGCGGGACUGGGGCUGGUGGGGGGGGCGGGCCUGGGGCUGGUGGGGGGGCGGGACUGGGGCUGGUGGGGGGCGGGACUGGGGCUGGUGGGGGCGGGACUGGGGCUGGUGGGGGGCGGGACUGGGGCUGGUGGGGGCGGGACUGGGGCUGGUGGGGGGCGGGACUGGGGCUGGUGGGGGGCGGGACUGGGGCUGGUGGGGGGCGGGACUGGGGCUGGUGGGGGCGGGACUGGGGCUGGGGGGGGCGGGACUGGGCUGGUGGGGGGCGGGACUGGGGGCUGGUGGGGGCGGGCCGUAG